AUGUCCUCCUUAACUAAGAUACCACUGCAAAUAUCAGGCUACAACAUACUUCCCCUGACUCUCCCACCACUGCCCUCCUUCCCUGAAGCUGCAACCCAUUACCUCUACCUGGUACCGCAUCAGCCAAAGAUCCCUACGCCUACUGCCUCGCGAUCACUGUUCCUGGUCAAUGUACCAUUCGACUCGACUGAACUUCACAUUAAGCUUUUAUUCUCAACCCAGAUAGGACUACCUGCCGGGAGGAUCGAAGAUGUACAAUUCGAGGGCCAGAGGAGAAGAGGCAGCGGCACGGACCAAGCAUCCAGUCCAAAGGCCUCUCAAAAUAAGAAAAGCAAAAAGAGAAAACGUGGAAGUAGUGGAGGCAUCAUAGAAGACAUGGAAGGCGCAGCACUGCCACCUGUUUGGGAUCGCGACCUGCAAACCAACGGUCUCACAGCCGUCGUUUUAUUCGUCGAUCGAGCAAGUAUGGACGCGGCCUUGAAAGCAGUCAAAUCGAUACGAAAAGAGCGCAAGGAACCUCUUUGGGGUGAAGGAUUGGAAGGCAAAGUUCCAGCGUUGGGAUCUGCGAGAUAUCUUAAUCACCACAGCCUCACCUACCCCAACAAAGCCCAACUCCUCGAAUCCGUCAACAAUUACAUGACACGUUUCGCCAGCAAAGAAGCCUCCCAAGCCCGAUCCCUGGCUAGGCAAAGACAAGUGGCUGAUGCCGAUGGCUUCAUUACUGUUACAAGAGGGGGGAGGACGAAUCCCGCACGACAAGAAGUGGCUCAAGAGCAAGCUGAGAAGCAGAAGGAGAAACAAAAGGAAUUGGAUGAUUUCUAUAGGUUCCAGUCGAGGGAGAAGAGGAAGCAGAGGGCGGGCGAAUUAGUGAGGAAGUUUGAGGAGGAUAAGGAGAAGGUUAGGAAAAUGAGAGAAAGAAGGGGAAGAUUCAGGCCUGAAUAA